AUGGCGCCAAAUAAGAAGAGUAAAGUUUGGAAGUAUUUUUGCAAAUUGGACGACAAAACAGCGAAGUGCCAACUGUGUCAUAAAAUUAUGCGCACGGCUGGAAAUACCACCAAUCUAAUGGGACACAUAAAAAAUGUCCACAAAGCAAUUUUUUUAGAACUAAAAACCACAAUCGAUGCCAGAAAAAUAUCCGAUGUGGUCGAAGUGGUUGAAAGCCCAAACACCACAAAUGCUGAGCCAUCUACAUCAAAUGCAACACCAGCUGAUUCGACAUAUGAAAUUGUCAGUGAUGGAGAAUUGCCCGAGAAACGCCUUAAAACUCAAAAGUCUAUAAAAAAUAGUUUUGCUGAAAUUUAUUCAUAUACUUCUGCUGGUGACAAAUCACGAAAAAUAAACCAUGCAAUUUUAUUUAUGAUUUGCAAGGACAACCAGCCAUUUUCAGUGGUAGAAAAUGAAGGAAUCAAAAAUUUGUUAAAAGUUGUUGCUCCCCAUUACAAAAUUCCGAGCAGAAUUACCAUAUCAGGGUGGAUUGAUGAAAAAUACGAUAUUUUAUCUAAUAGAUUAAAAUCAAAGCUACGUAAUGUUGAGAAUUUCACCUUAACUAGUGAUAUUUGGACGGAUAUACAAAUGCGUAGUUUUUUAGGUGUCACAGCACAUUUUGGUCUGGGAACCGAGUUUCACUCGGUGACUUUGGGCGUUUAUCAACUCAGUGAAAGGCAUACAUCGGAGUAUAUAGCAGAAAUGCUGAUCAACACCUGUAACGAAUGGGGACUUGAUAGAGAUAAAGUCUCUGCUGUUGUUACUGACAACGCUGCGAACAUGAUAAAAGCCGUUGAUAUAGCAUUCGGAAAGAGAAAGCACAUUCCAAGUUUUGCUCACACGCUCAAUUUAGUAGCGCAAAAUAUUGUUCAAAUUCCCGAAAUGCAAAAAGUUGUCUUAAAAAUCAAAACCAUUGUAACUUUUUUUAAGCAGAGCUGUGCUGCAAGUGACGAUUUGCGUAAAUCAGUACGCGCUGAAAAGAAAUUAAUACAGGACGUGCCCACACGGUGGAACAGCACCCACUACAUAGUUCAACGAUUUUUGGAACUUAAAAACAUUGCCAGUGAAAUACUAAUUCGUCACAAGACAGCACCUCCAAUGCUGACUGGUAUGGAACUUAACAUUGCUUCAUCACUGCUUAACGUUUUACGUCCAAUUGAAGCUGCAACUAAGGAAAUAUCGGGCGAUAAAUACUGCAAAAGCAGUAAAGUAAUUCCAUUAGUGCAUUGCAUGGUUUCAAAACUCAAGGCUCUUGUGAUUGAUGAACCGGUUGUAUUGGAGGUACAAAAACUCACUCUAAAAGAAAUCAACAAACGAAUGGGCGCUAGUGAACAUGUUUCAGUAUUGGCGAUUUCUACGCUAUUGGACCCACGUUUCAAAAAAAUACAUUUUCAUGAUCCGUUAGCUUGCGCAGGUGCCAUCCAAAAGAUUAAAGAUUUAAUGAAAAUUAGUCUCGACGAAAGUCAUGGCGAAUCAGACUCAGAUGAAUCGGACCAAUUAUCAGAAGAUUUCAGUCUUUGGAGCGAUCACCACAAAUUAGUGCAUAAAAACUGGAAAUCUAAUAGAAACGAGGAAAACGUUUCAGAUGAGAUAUCCGUCUACUUAAGAGCAACAGUUGGUCGUUUAAAUGAAAAUCCGCUGGAAAUUUGGGCGGAUUUUAAACAGCAAUUUCCAAACUUGGAGGAUAUACGCACCUCUUGCCCUUACAGCCGGUAUGACACCUGCGCUGAUACCUGUGUUAUGACUACUCCGACCUUUGUGCUUCGACCUGUCUCUGAAGACAUCUGGGACAAGCGCACAUCCAACUGGGAUGAAAUUUCAGCCACUAGCAUGUUGAUGGCUAUACCUGUUGAUGAAUGA